AAAUAAAAAUGGCUGCAGCUGGAUGGGUGCUGGAUGGUAGUGAUUACUGAUUACGCUAGUGCAUAAAAUAAGCUUUAUCGAAGCUUUACGGCUAUUUGUUGUUGAAGUUUGUUCUUAAUCCAGUAACCAUGAAUAAAAUGGACUCAACUCUUACAAGCAUGUGGGUGAGUUUCUUCACGGCGGCAGGGAUUCCGUCGGACGUGUCUGCGUCGUACGCGCUGACGUUCGCGGAGAACCGCAUCCAGAACGACAUGCUGCUGGACCUGAACAAGGAGUACUUGCGGGACAUGGGCAUCACUCGGAUGGGAGAUGUUAUUGCCAUACUGCGACACGCGAAGCAAGUGCACGAAAACCUGGCGCGCGACAAGGUGCUCGGCAGCACUGUUAAUGUGGUCCCUGUGGCUGCCAUCACCGGCCACGCCACUAUCACACAGAACAAACCCUCGUCCCCCGCGAGUCGCAUGCUGGAGCACUACACGCGCAACGCCCGCGAGGCGGCCGUGUCGCCCACGCACCAGAAGAAACGCAAGAGCGAUGAAGGGAUAGAGACAGUAGACGUAAAGAAAUCCCGUCUCAUCAGAUUCGCGUCGCCGUCGCCGCAGCCCGCGGCCGCAGAAGUUACACAAACGAAAACGGUGUUCGCAAGACUCGGACAGACGGACGCCCCAGCAGUCGCAGGACCCAGACUCAAACUCGUCAAACCUACUGCAGUGGCCACCAAAGAUGUCAAACCCAUCUUCGCUCGCCUCGGAUCCAAAGAUGACUCCGAACCAAUCAUGCCUGUGCAAAAAGACGCUUUGAAAUAUGAGGGCAUACUGAAAAGCCCACCCGCUGCGAAAACUGUAACAAUCACUACCUCUAAGAACAGCAUUCGCAGAAUAGCAUGCACUAUGAGAGCUGAUGAGCAACCGGUCAGCGUUAAGGAGAAACUAGCUGUAACUAAGUCUAAAUCAGUAAAGUUCUCAAAUCACGUGGAAUAUAAAGAAAUAGAAGCGGUACAGAAAACACAGCCUAGAUUUGUGCAGAAAAGUCAGCCGAAGCAGACAGUUUUCAAUAAACCGGAGAGGCGGUUAUCUAUGCCUGUGGUCGAUAAUUCUAGUGUGAAAGCUCGCUUGGGGGUGAAGAAUGGGGUCAGCGCGGCGCCAGUCCAGAGUAAUAAUAUAACGAUAACGAAGAAUGUGUUUAAGAGGUUAGGUGUAUAAUGUAUAGUGUGAACUUGGACAUUGGUGCUAAGUUACUUUUAUUGAAGUGAAAUUUGGUUUUUGGACAUUUCCAGGUGCUGUAACCUAGCACUGUAACAUUUAUCUUCUGAGAACGCAAAAUACCAUGAUUUUUGCAUAUGUGAAGUAUAGAGAGGCAAAUAAAAUAAAAAAAACAUUUAGUGCCUGCAAAUAUUGUGCAGGCACUUGGCAUGCUAAUGGUCAGAUUAGACGUCAAAAUAGAACCGUCUAGAUCUUUUAUUAUAUGAAAUUGUACGUAAGUUACGUAUAGAAUUAUAUUUGUCUGGGAUACAUUUCCUAGUCGUUGUGAUAUAAUAAGUUAAUUUAUGUUUUGCAUUUGUGUGUUUUUUUUUAAUUAAGUGUAUCAUAGCUUCAUAACUCUCCUAAGGUUUAAUUUCUAUUGUUCAUCACAUCUUGUAAUAGUUAUAAUUUGCACAAUUAUCAAGAUAGAUUUCCUUAUCUAGGGGAACAUCUCUAUAGGUAUAAUUUGAAUCUCUACUAUAAAUAAAUCUUACUGAAUCAGGAAUUCAAGAAAUAACAGUUUUAGUUUUAUUAUUGGUAAUAGUACUAAUAGUAGUCUUACUAUUUGUUUUUUAACCGAAUUUAUAUCUGUACAAAACAGGUUUCAAAGGUAGUCGCGUUCAGUUAAAUCUACACACACUGACAAAAAUAUCUAAACAUCUUUGCUCAUAAAUCUCAUAAUAUUAUAGAUACAGAUGUAAUGCGAAAAGCUUUUCCUUUUUAUUUUUUACGAAAACGUUUGUAUUUGUCAUACUAUUUCAGUCAGUCUCAGUACAAGUCGCUGUAUGAACUAGCAUGACAAAUAAGAACGUUUUAUUAAAAAAUACGAAAGUGGCAUCGAUUGCAGACGUUUCUGCUAAUCAUCAGAAGUUAAAAAUACGAAAGUGUUCAGAUGUCUUUCUUCAUGUAAAGGUGUAGAUUUAACUGAACACCUCUUCAUAAUAUGUUUAAUAUACAGUCGAGUUCAUAAAUAUGUGUACAUUUCUUCACCUUAACUCUAUGCAAUAAGGUAAAAAAUGUACACAUAUUUAUGAACUCGACUGUACUAAUAACUCACCCUAUUAUAUUAAUGUAUCUUAGAACAGCUUUGUUUAGUUUUUUUUCCUUUAUAGUUAUAACAAAAGUAAAAAAAACUAAAUGAGAAACUGGAAAGCUUGAAUAUACGCAAACUGGACAAAGUGUAUUGUUCGUGAAGUCAAAUAAAAAAUCUAUCCUUUAUAUUUUUCCAAAAAAGCUAAAUUAUGUGGAAGAACAUAAAAUCAAAGUCAUCAAAAUGUGACCUACCGAUAUUAUUUGUUAGGAGACUUGUAAAUACUUCUACAAUUUUAUUGUAAAGUUUGUGACCAGCUAUUGGCUGCCAUUUAUUUGAAUUUUACAUUACAUACUAAAUUGGAAAUGUACAGCUAUUAUAAUGUUUAACAUAGGAUGUUAGUUGUAAGGUUUACUGAAGGACAUUUUGUAUUUUCUAAAUAGUUUGGUUCUCAAUAAAUUAACACAAUGU